CUUUAUCAGUCGUCUUUUCCUCUCCUUCGAUUCCAUCCACUUCCACAUGCGCCGCUCAGUGCUUGCUGUGCUGGCCUUGUUGGUCGUCGCCGUCACAUCGCAAACCAUCGACGAUUUAGCCAGUGUUGAAGACUACUACGAAAGCUUGGAUCUGGUCACCGCCUUUUCAGACGAUAGCAACAGCAGCACAAUUUCCAUCGGCACACCUGGUGUAGGUUAUCACACAGCGUACACCACGAUAGGCGGUGUUCAGACCGACAAAAUUAAUGUCGAUAAACUAGAAAUGACGAGAACAGAAUAUCAGCUCGGUAUUUUAUCCGAAGAGCUGAUGCGAUCCAUCACAUCCCUCCAAAAGAGGGUCGAAGUUAUAAUGCAAGAAAACAAAACUUACACUGUAACCUCAACUACCACUAAACCACCAAAUAAUAAUACGCACUACUAUUAUUCUCUUGCACCAUAUUCAUGGCCUAAUUGCACUGGAAUCAAAGCAGUCGUAAACAAAUGGACCCAAUGUCCUUGGAAGUCAGUUGAUGGAAAGAUCAACCCUGCAGGAAAAUCAUUAAGUGCAGGCCAUUCUCUUACCUACCUCAUCCGUGAUGGUGUUGACCUUGCUACUAGCUAUUAUCUUUUUGGCAAUUCUGCACACGAACAAAAGUAUACAGACAAUAUUCGCACUUUCUUCAUCAAUCGAGCUACCUACAUGGCGCCCAACAUGAACUACUCGCAAGUCGUUCCUGAUGGUCCAGAAGAUGACUGGAUUGGUAGCAGAAUGGGCGUUCUAGAUACCCAUGGGUUAAUCACCCUUCUAUCAUCCGCUGAGCUAAUGGCUCAAAGUGGCGGCACUUACUGGACAGAUUCCGACACGAAAGGUUUGCAAAAAUGGGUUAGAGAGUAUCGAACCUGGAUGGAAACCUCUCGUCUGGGUAUUGCGGAGAGCAAAGGCCGAAAUAAUCAUGGAACAUUUUAUUAUGCUCAAAUAGCGGCAUUCUCUCACUACUUGGGAGAGGCUAAUGCCACUCGCGCAGCCGUUAACAAAUACCUAGAUACCAUUUAUGAUGGUCAGAUCAUGGCAAGCGGUGCCCAACCUCUCGAACUUUCCCGUGCCUUUUCGCUUCACUAUAGCUACUAUAACCUCGAAGCAUUGGGAGCAUUGGCAAAAUACGCACAAUCAGUCGGCUUGAACGUUUUCAACUCGACCAAUGUUCAUAAAGCGUCCUAUCGCACUGCAGUCAACUUUUUGAUCAAAAAUACCUUGUCAACUAAAAAUUCAGAGAACCCUGCCAACUUCCUUCCCAUGCUAGAGACCUCGGCAAAUGUGUAUGGCGAUGACAAAACCUACAACUACACCGACGCUAUCAAGUACAUUCGCAAUGAAACCGGUGGUGGCGACCUUGGCGCUGUCUGGCUUCUCUGGACUCGCCAAUAAUCAAAUCAUGUUUUGAAAAAUCUACACUGCAUUCAAUAUAAAUUUGUGAAUAAAUCCUGUAUUAUCUAGAGCAAUGACAAGAGCAAUGACACACCACAAUAGGCCAUUUUGUAUAUACU